AUGGGUGUUCGUUUGCGUGGUGCCAUUCUCGCCAAGCAAAUUUUCUGCAAAUCUGUUUCAGCCACAAAUAAAAGAGCCUCAGUGUCUGCAGAUGUUCCAAAAGGUUUCCUUGCAGUAUAUGUUGGGGAAUCCCAGAAGAAGAGAUUCAUGGUUCCUGUAUCAUAUUUGGACCAACCUUCAUUUCAAGCUUUGCUAAGUAAAGCUGAAGAGGAGUUUGGUUUUGAUCAUCCAAUGGGUGGUCUCACAAUUCCCUGCAGGGAAGACACUUUCUUCCAUGUUACUUCUGGACUUCACAAAUCAUAAGAUAAGGCUCCUCAAUUACAUAGCUAGAAACAAUUUUGCGGGGCAGAAAACAACCUUCUGCUUGAGAG